GAAAUAGCAUUACCAAAGCAAAAUGGAAGGUGUGGAGGUGGUCUUCAUACCGUCCCCUAUAAUGGGCCACAUCGUUUCCACCGUCGAAAUGGCAAAGCUCCUCCUACGGAAACGCCGCCGCCGUGACGAUCUCUCCAUCUCCGUCUUGAUCAUGAAGUCCCCCUUCGACUCCAAAGUUGCCUCUUACGUCGAAUCUCUUCUCGCCGCCGGCCCCUCUUCUAGAUUGAAGUUCGUGCCACUCUCAGCUCCGGCGAUGGCUGAGCCCACCAAAAAGAACACCUUCUACCUCUCCUUGUUCGAAUCUCACAAGCAGAGCGCCAGAGAUUGGAUUAACGAAUUCCAGACGAGUGGCUCCGCCAAGCUCGCCGCCGCCGUUGUGGAUAGUUUCUGCCUGACCAUGAUGGACGUCGCCGGCGAGUUCGGGAUUCCGUGCUACGUGUACUGCACCUCCGGCGCCGCCUUCCUCGGCCUCCAGCUCCACCUGCAGAGCCUCAGAGACAACUGCGGCAUAGACGUCACGGAGUUCAAAGAUUCAGAUCCGGAUCUGAAAGUGUGCACUUAUUCUAAAACUUUUCCGGUCAAGCUUCUGCCGGGAAUUAUAUUUGACAAGGCCGGCGGGGGAUCGGACAUGAUUUUGGAUAUUGGGAAACUAAUCCGAACGGCGAGGGGCAUAAUCGUGAACACGUUCUCCGAGCUUGAGGAACACGCGCUCGACUCUUUGUCAAAACAGGAGACGGCGCUCCCGCCCCGGUACCCGGUGGGACCCGUUCUGAACCUGCAAAGCGAUAAGAUCGGAGAAUCCGAUGAGAUUUUCCAAUGGCUCGACAACCAACAGGAAUCCUCCGUCGUCUUCCUCUGCUUCGGAAGCGGCGGAAGCUUCCCAGAGCCGCAAGUCAAGGAGAUCGCUCUCGCGCUCGAGCGCAGCGGCCACCGGUUCCUGUGGGCCCUGAGGCGUCCUCCGCCCAAAGGAUAUUUCUACCCGGGAGACUACAGCAGCCUCGAGGAGGUCCUGACGGAAGGAUUCUCGGAGAGGACAAAAUCGACCGGGAAAGUGAUCGGAUGGGCGCCUCAGGCCGCCGUGCUGGCCCACCCCGCCGUGGGGGGAUUUGUGUCACACUGCGGUUGGAAUUCAACCCUUGAGAGCGUCUGGUUCGGGGUUCCAAUGGCGACUUGGCCGAUUUACGCGGAGCAGCAGGCGAACGCGUUCCAAAUUGUGACGGAGAUGGGAACGGGAGUGGAAGUCAAGAUGGACUACAGAGGAUCAUUAAUGGCGAAUCGGGAUGAGUUCCCGGAAAAGGUGGACGCGGAGACGAUAGAAGCGGGGAUCAGGAAGCUGAUGGACGACGGCCCAGCUGCGGCGGCGGCGAGGAAGAAGGCAAAAGAGCUGAAAGAGAAGAGCAGAGAGGCGUUGGAGGAGGGCGGGUCGUCCUUCAAAUUUCUCGAAGCUUUCUUUGAUCAAGUCUUUAAAACAACUUGAAUUGAAGCCGUAGUAAAGAAUCUGCAUGUUCCGAUCCCACCAUUGUCGUCUUCUUUAUAUACCCACGUUUGUUGUUUCCAAAAAAAAAAAGGAAUAUGAGAUGUGUUCUUAGAGCAACUCCAACGAGAGCUGCAAACACUAUUAGAUGUUUAAAUAGUUCUUUAGCUUUUCACUUUUUCUAAGCAACUCCAACCAUGUAGUCUAAAUUUUAAACUUUUAUUAUAUUUAAUAUUUAUAUCUUUACUUUAUGGUGUAAAGAGUCAAAUCUCCUCCACUUGUUUCUUUUUCUUUUGUUCUCUCUCCUCUGGCAACUUAAUAUUUUAUUAUUUUUUAGAUUUAGCUCAUGAAUAGUUAUCUGCUAAAUAAAGCUGGUGGGACUUC